CUGACAAAUGACAGAUCCCACAGUAGCACUUAGUUUUCUAGAAAAAACUCGGGAGAACGUGAAAAGUAGUGAUACUGUGUAGAACCGCCAUUGGAGCUCUGAAAUUGAACAUUGGAGAUUUGCAAGCUACCAAGGAAACCAUUGAAGGUGUAGAGGAGAUGCUUGAAGGACUUGCUGGUGUAAUGUCUGUGCACAGCCGCUUUUAUGACCUGUCUAGCAAAUAUUACCAGACCAUUGGAAACCAUGCUUCCUAUUAUAAAGAUGCUCUGAGAUUUCUAGGCUGCACAGACCUUAAAGACCUACCAAUAUCAGAACAGCAAGAUAGAGCCUUUACGCUUGGCCUAGCUGGAUUACUUGGCGAUGGGGUCUAUAACUUUGGAGAACUGUUGAUGCAUCCAGUCUUGGAGUCGCUGCGUACCUCUGAUCGAAAAUGGCUGAUAGACACACUCUAUGCCUUCAACAGCGGUAAUGUGGAGACAUUCCGAGCCCUGAAAACAGCAUGGGGACAGCAGCCUGACCUUGCUGCCAAUGAAACACUUUUGCUUAAGAAGAUUUAGCUGCUAUGUUUAAUGGAGAUGACGCUUACACGACCUGCGAAUCACCGCUAGCUAACCUUUGAAGAGAUAGCAAAGAGUGCGCAAGUCAACGUUAAUGACGUGGAGCUGCUGGUUAU